AUGGCUCCAUCCGCCUGGCAGAAGAUCAAAACCACUCUUCAGAUCAGUCAUGAUUACAGUGUCACUCCGGCUGGUAUAAAAUGGAGAAGCAACACGCUGUUCAUCGUCUCGACAGUCGCUGUCGGUCUAUUCACUGAUCUAUUUCUUUAUGGGCUUGUCGUGCCUAUACUUCCCUAUAUGCUGCAGGAUCGAGUUGGCAUGCCAGAGAACCAAAUUCAAUCCCAUGUGGAUGGCCUACUCGCCGCCUAUGCUGGUGCUUCCGUCGUCUUCUCGCCAAUCGCUGGAAUCCUAGCAGACAAGACCUCUACGAGACAAGGACCUUUCCUUUUCGGACUGACCGCCCUGUUGCUCGCAACAGUAUUGCUAUUCCUGGGGAAUAACGUUCCAACCCUGGUUGUUGCAAGGCUUCUUCAAGGCUGUUCAGCCGCCUUUGUCUGGACAAUUGGUCUUGCGCUUUGCGUAGAGACGGUUGGCCCGGAGAAUCUCGGCAAGACCAUUGGUUCAAUUUUUAGUUUCAUAUCGGUGGGAAACCUGGUCGCUCCUCUCUUAGGAGGAGUUUUGUACAAGAAAGCUGGAUACGCAGGCGUGUUUGGAAUUGGCUUUGCCGUCUUGGCUAUCGACUUUAUUAUGCUCGCUCGCCGAUACAACUUUGCUGCUCAGGAAGACAGCAAUGGAGGUACUGCAUCUGAUUCCCAUGACGAAGAAGCGGCCAACGACGAACAAGAACCUUUGCUGGGAACGAAAGCAGAGGACGACUAUUACACAAUCUCGAAGAGUCAGCCGGCCUUUGUUCGCAAGGUUCCGAUUCUACCAUGUCUCAAGAAUCCCCGCCUGGUCGCAGCUUUGAUGGUAGCUUUUGUUCAAGCACUAUUACUCGGCGCCUUCGAUGCCACCAUCCCUACCAUCGGUCAAGAAUACUUCGACUUCGACUCGUUGAAAGCAGGCACACUGUUCCUUCCGCUGGGCGUCUUUGACUUUUUGCUUGGACCUAUAUUUGGAUGGGUUGUCGACAAAUAUGGUACCAAAGUGGCUGCGGUCGGAGGCUAUACUUUCCUGGUCCCUUGUCUCGUCUUGCUCCGUCUCCCACAUGCUGGAGGCAAGAACCAGAUCAUACUGUACGCAGGACUUCUGGCAUUGUGCGGAGUUGGUCUUGCAGCCAUUGGAGCGCCAUCAAUCGUCGAGGCGGGCAACAUCGUACAGAAUCUGUAUGCCAUGUCUUCGGUCGCUUUUUGUGCAGGCUUAGCCAUAGGCCCAGAGGUAGCUGGGGAGUUGAAGCAAGCCAUUGGCUAUGGCAACAUGAAUAUCGUGAUUGCGGUCAUCUGUGGGCUUGCUGCAGCAUUGUCUUUCUUCUACAUUGGAGACAAGCCCAAGAUGCUUCGGAGGAGACACUCUUAG